ACCCAAAAUCGUCCAACAAAACCAAACAACAAAAUAAAGAAAAGUGAAAAAUAAGAAAGAAAAAACAAGCCUCAGAAAGAAAGAAAGCAAGCAAAAAAGGAAAGAGAAACAAAAAAAAUGUCAGUGGCAUCUCCAUUCCCUUGCAUCAAAAUCUCAACUUCAUCAUCUUCCCCAUCUUCUUCACAUUCUUCUUCUUCUUCUAAUCAUCAUUCUUUUAAGCUCUCUUCUUCAGCCAAGCCUUAUUAUGUAAAAACCAUAAGGAGCUCUCAAACUGAAGGACCUAUAAGAAGACCUGCAGCUCCUUCUCUUAGAGAACCCUCCCCACCUUCUUCUCCUGUGAAACCAACACCUCCUUCUCCUCAGGCUCCUACUCCGCCUCAGCAGCAGCCUUCGAAGCCAGCUCCGGUUUCCGGGCUGACCAUGGUGGAGGAUAAUAAGAAUGUGGUGACCUUGGAGUUUCAGAGGCAGAAGGCUAAGGAGAUUCAGGAGUACUUCAAGCAGAAGAAGCUUGAAGCUGCCAAUCAGGGCCCAUUCUUUGGCUUUGUUGGGAAGAAUGAGAUUAGCAAUGGAAGAUGGGCAAUGUUCGGUUUUGCUGUUGGAAUGCUAACAGAGUAUGCAACUGGCUCAGACUUUGUUGAUCAAGUAAAGAUCCUUCUCUCAAAUUUCGGAAUACUAGAUCUGGAAUGAUACACUGGCAGGAUGUCAAAAGCCAUUAACUCUUUCCUGUUGCUGGAGCUUCUGAAGACACAUUCAGUGUUUCCCUUGUAACUUUGUUGAGUAACUUUUUUAAAUUUCGUUUGUGAGAAAUACUUUAGUGUCAUAAGCUGUAUUUCACUAUAUUCUUUACCAAGAUUUCAAGGAUAGAAGUUUGUGAAGGCUCGUUCGAUAACGUUUUUUUC